CGGAUGAGCUCGUGAGCGGUAAACGUUAUGCGUCUGCACGCACGUGCGGAUGAAGUCGGGGUCACCGAUGUCCGGCAGCAUGAAGGCGCGCGCACCGAACGGACCGGACAGCAGCACAGAGAUCCACAGGAGCACACAGUGGGAGUCUUACACACUUCAUUACCCAAGAUCCUUUUCGGUGAAGCCGCUGUGGUCACGUGUGUUUUAUUAGUGAUAAUCUCCAUGGUAACAGAGACGCCUGCGUCGGACCUGCAGCUGAAACACUGGCAAUGAAUCGGAGAUUAAACGCGACAAGAAACUUGAGACGAGACCGAGAUGCAGAAAAAGCGAGAGAAGGAAGAAGCGCUGCAUCCCGUGGGCCACGUCCGAAAGAGGUUCCAGCUCUGGACCUGCACAGACUGAGGGACAGAGAAGACGAGGAUGCUGGUGUUAUUCCUGUCGUCAGAAAGCCAUCCUGCAUGAUGUCAGCGCUGAGCUGGGGUUCGGCUCCUUCAUCCAACACACUGCAGGAUGUUGGCUUGGGAUCAGAGCAGGAUGGAGGUUUCUCAGUGUUGGCGUCUCCUCAGCACAGCUACAGAGACCCGAUCAUCAGAUCACACAGUAAUCACCAUACAAACAUGGAACCACAUCCUCUGAGCUCACACACUGUUACUGAGCUCCAUCACACACGGACAGAUGUGAGCCACGCCCGACCCAGGAAGAUGGAAGCAGAGGGGGUGAUGAUGGAGAGGAAACAGCAGGCUGUGAUGGAGCAGGUGAUGGUGGACCAGCUCUCCAGAGCCGUCAUCAGUGACCCAGAACAAAACUCCGCAAACUCAGUCAACGUUUCAGCUCGUCAUAAGAGGACUUUACACCACACCAUGGUGAAAACUCCGAAAUCUUUAACAGAGAACAUUCUGUCCCACAAACUGUGCUUUUAUGCCAGAAUUGUGUCACGUUGUGGGCGUGAGGCUUGUCGAGAGCUGAUUGGCUUCUACUUCACAUGUGAUCAGACAUUAACGGUGUACGAGUACCGCAGCUUUGGGAAGAACAGGUCUAAUGCCCUGCCAUUUAUUGCACGUGGGGUUUAUAGGACACGAGGGAGACCAUACUGUCUCUCUGACAUCUCACAGGGUGCAAAUCUGCGAUUCAGUACAGAUGGACCCCAAGUCCCCGAGAACCUGAGACAGCGGCCGUAUCUGUCUCUCAGAGUCACUGAUGUGGAUGAAGAGUCCAAGAGUUCACUACUACUCCAGUUUGGAGGAACUGAACAUUAUCUUUCUGAGGAGGAAACGAACGAUCGCAGAACUCUAAAUGUGAUUCAAGCGUCUGUACGGGGGAGGUUGAGGGGUCGUGCUGUCCGGACUCUGGUUGGUUUAGGGAGAAGGCUGCAAAAAUUAGAUGUGCAGCAGAACGGCAUUGUGGGUAAAGAUCAGCUCCGAGCGUGUCUGAUGGAGGAGCUGGAGCUCAAGCUGCAGGAGGUGGAGGCGCUGUGGAGGCUUGUGGGGUUGGAGAGAGAGUUGAUGGUGGAUUAUGCUGAGGUGAUGUGUGCUGUGACCGGAGACAUGAACGAGAGCAGAAAAGCCGUGUUUAUAAAGGUUUAUAUUAAACUUGACCCAAAUAAAACAGGUUCGGUUUCACUGACUGACAUUGAGAAAUUUUACUGUGUUAAUCAGCACCGGCUCACUGAAAAUGGAGCAGAAAUGGACUUCAUCACGUGUGUCUGGGAAGCAGAAAGAGUCAAUAAAUACGUGUCUUAUGCAGAGUUUCAGGACUAUUAUGAGGGACUGAGCAUCGAAAUCCCCAGUGACCAGGUUUACAUCAACAUCCUGAGGAGCACCUGGAACAUCUGAGUGUGUGUGUGUGUGUGUGUGUGUGUGUGUGUGUGUGUGUGUGUGUGUGUGUGUGUGUGUGUGCGCGUGUGUAUGUGUGUGUGUGUGAAUACAAUUUAAAUAUUAUAUUUACUAUUUAUUCACUUAAAAGUAAAUAAUAAAAUGCACGAAUCAAUUCUGUCUUAUUUUCUGUCAUUAAAUCUAUGUAGAAAAAAAAUAAACACAUAAUUUAUAGUUCAUAAUUAUAAAUAGUUUAUAAAGACUAGAAUGAUAUAAAGUAAAAGUGUAAUAAUGGUACGAAUCGUGGCUGGUGAUUUGUCCUGCAUCAGCAUCAGAACAUCCAGCUACUGAGACGUGAUGUACAGGAUACAGAAAUGGCACUUAGAUCAUUUACAGUACUAAAUAGUUCAUUCUUAAGUUUAUACUUUUGCUUUAAUUACAUUUCUAAGAAAAUUCAUUUUCAGGAAAAUAUUUCAGGGGUAAAAGUCAUAUAAAAUGAGGCGUCUCCUUCACCUGCCUUUAUCAUUUUCUUAGUUCUAUUUCAUUCAAUUUAAUUCUGAUUAAAUCAUUAAUAAACUGUAGUUAUUAUGGAGUCGAUUGUGUAUAUAAAU